AUGGUUUCCAACGUGAACAUCUCCAAUAUUAAUGGUUCAUCAGCGACAGUUAUCUCAGAAGCGCCGCUACAAGUUCCUGAAUAUUACACAGAACCAGCUGGGGCAGUUAUAGGGCGAUUAACUUUUGAAGCUACUCUCGCUAUGGUAGGAGUUUUAGGCAACAUGUUGGUCUGUUUGGUUAUCGCAAGAAUGAAAACAAAAUCCUCCAUAAAUCGAUAUUUAUUUAACCUCGCCAUCGCCGAUAUCGGAGUCCUGAUUGUGGUAUUUCCCAUAGCAGUGCUACAAGAGCAGAUAAGGAGUCAUUUCCCGCUCGGUAGAGGGGUCUGCUUGUACGUAUACCCUGUUAUCGAUACGUUUUACGGUGCCUCUAUUUGGCUGGUUGCCUCCGUAGCGGUAGAGCGUUACAUUAACAUCGUGAAACGCGUCAAAGCCUACAGAAACCGCUCUUUAAAAACCACCACCUUCGCCAUUGUCGCUAUCUGGUUAAUUUCGUUUUCAGUUAUAUCGCUACCUCUCUUCUUUGUCAUCGAAUUCAAGGAAGAAACUUCUGCGUGUUUUAUUGACUGGUUUAAAACACCAAGCCUUUUUCUUUGGAGGCAGUUUUACACUAUUUCUCUUACCAUGUUUACAUAUGUUGUACCCCUAUCGAUCAUUUCCUGGACGUAUGUUCAAAUUGGAGGACGAAUAGCGCAGAGUACAGGAUUCAACAAAGAAAUUGAAAGAAAACGCAGUUCUACCAUUUACGGAAACGUAACAAGACGGAAGUUAAAGAAUGGGAGCAAUCGUCUUAAAGAAAACACGAAAGCAAAGAGAAUACUAACUCCUUUAGUAGUAACUUUUGCAGUAUCUAUGUUGCCAAUUAAUGUAUUUCGCUUAGUAGCUCUGUAUUGGCCCAGGGUUUUCUUUUUCAAAUAUUUUUGGAUUUUACACAAUGUACUGGUCAUUUUCACGACUGCAAAUUCGGCGGUGAACCCACUGAUAUAUUCUGUUGUUAGCAGGGAGUUUCGUCGCGGAUUCAUGGUUUUGCUUUUCCAAGGAAAGCAGAAGUUUCGAGGCUUGAAGAGCUUAUACAGCACGGCGUUCCAAGAGAGUGACAAUGGAUAUGAUGUAACUUUUUGUCCGAAAGACUGGCCAAAACCUGAGUUUUUAAGAGAAACAGACGUUUAG